GCGUGCGACCUCACCGUGUAAAACUGGAAUCAUUUUGGAAUUCCAAUGCGUUUGUCAUUGUGAUGUUACGUUAACAAACAGUCGUUUCGACCGAUAUACGAGCUAAAAGACUCGUAAUCAUCUGAAAACAGAGAUAUUCUUAAGCAUUUUACGCUCACUAUCUGUACUUAUUUUCUUAAUCAAAACUAUACUGCAGAGCUUGAUUUUAUCCAUCAAACUGUAAUAAAGAACAUACAUACUUGUACAAAAAUAUCUAUACAUUAAUGGCCGCGCAGUGUUUGGAUAUAUAAUUUAUUCUGAGAUUGCAUUUUUACGUCGAAAUGACACGAACGUCUGGAGUACCCUCGACAAAUGAUCCAUCCGCAAGCUUUGGCCGCAGAGCCCUUUCCUUCUUCUCACGAAUCCAGCAUGCCAGGGCAGGUGCCGGUUGCUCCCGUAGUGCAGAUGGUGCAACUUCCGGUGUAUGCUCAAGCUCCAGCUCCAGGAGUAAUGAUCUAUCCCGACCCAUUAACUACAACAUGUCCUCACUGCAACCAGACAGUUACCACCGUGGUUGAAUAUCGCAGCGGCUCGCUGACAUAUAUUUGUAUGGGCAUAAUAGCGUUCCUUGGAGGUAUUUGCGGAUGUUGCUUGAUUCCGACAUGUAUCGAUUCUCUCAAAGAUGCCUACCACUACUGUCCAAGCUGCCAACAGUACAUCGGCGUGUACAAGAGACCUCUGACCCGGCGUUACCAUUACUAUUAGUGCUUAUUUUCUGUCUUCCAUAUGCACCAUUCAAUAAUGUUAUUAUUUCUGUUUUCUGUCCCGGAAAGUAUGUUACUUAUCUGCCGAAACUCCACAACCCCUUGAUAUAGUAUUUAUGAUAUUUUAACGUAACUUCGGCGAAAAUCUAUUCUGCAGCUAGGUACUUUGGUACAACUGUAUACUGUACACUAACGUUCAGGUGUUUUGUGUUUUAAUUUUUAAAUAAAUGUUCGAAACUAGUAACAAUGUAACGCUUACGUAAAACUACGUACGGUACUUCUUUUUUUGCUCGUAUCAAGCGACCUCUCGCAAAUA